GUCAUCGUUUCGUUAACAUCGCGCGCGCUGUAAAUUUUCCUUUUUUUAGUUCGUUUCACAAAAUGUUCUCGUUAUUAUGUUGUCGCGACGAAUAGAUGAUUUUAUUUAAAAAUCGAACAAUUUUUUUGUCCUGAAAUUAAAAAGGCCAUUUCAAUUUUGUUUUAUUUUGUGUUUGACAUAUAACACAUCGAACGAUUGAGCAAACAAAUUAAUAUUUUGAUGUAUAUUCCAAAUGAAAAAAAAAAAUUUAAUUGAACACGAAAACAGCCGAUAAAUAGAAUAAAAAGAAGAACGAGAGAAAACAGUGACCUUUCCGAGAAAAUAAAAAGAGAAAAAGACAGAGAGGAAACGAAAGGAGAGAAAAAAAAGUAAAGAAAAUUUUAAUGUUACUAAAGAAUAGAACAAAUAAUUUUUUUCGCCAGAAAACAAAUAAACAAGUCAAAUAUACGUAUAUAAGUAAAGUAAAAAAGGUGCAUCUAUAUUUUGGCGAGACAGUAAAGUGUGAGAAAGAAAUAUAUACAUUGUGACACAUACGAGAGGGAGAUAUAUAUAUAUUAUUCAAUUGAAAGUCUGAAUACUAUGGGAAUGAGCGUCUGAAGUGGAAAAUGAAAUGCGAAUUAUUGGCAGAGGAAAAAAAAAAUUCCGAUUGUGCUCCGGUUUUGUGCAUCUAAUUCUAUAAUCAUUAUCAACAGCCGAUAAGACUGUUCAACAAAAUUUGGGCCGACUCAAGUAAUUUGAAAAAUCCUUUAUCGUGCGGCAAAAGUGAGAAAGAGAUAGAGAGAGCGUAGCAUAGAGAUAGUACGAACGAAACGGAUAGAGAAAAAAUAUUUAAGAUUUGCUUUCUUUUUUAUUCAUUUUCGAGAAAAAUAAGACUGAGAAGCAAAAAAAAAACAACAACAAGAAAGCAAAACCUAGCCGGGGCAAACACGUAAAAAUGAAUAAGCAAUGAAAUGAGAAACAACAACACAACAAGCAAAAAAACCAACGAAACUAUUCCGCAAAAAGUAUUUGUGGUGUUCUGUUGAUGUCGCACUGUCAUUCUAAUACAAAGUAAAUCAUAUACACACGCACAUACGUGCCGCAGUUGUUUUGAAUGAGCGCUUCGACGAGCAAAGUGUGUAAUUAUUGUGAUAGAAAAAUUGCAAACUUUUUUUUUGCAUAAAAUCAAAAAAAAAUUUAUAUCAAAUAAACGAAAAGAAAAACAAACGAAGAAAAAUUCACAUAAACUUAAACUCUAUGUGUUUUUCGAUUUCUCAAUAAAAAAACUUCUCAGCCUAAGCCAAGGCAUCGGUGACGAGCACAUAAAACAGUGUGGUUGUGUGAUAUGCUGUUGUUGUCAUACUUUCUUUUGAUUCGGUUCAUUUUAGUUAGAGCAACACUCUCUCGGCUGCUCAUUCAAUGCACAAAAACAACUUUAUCAACUGAAGAAAAAGUUGAUGUAAACAGUCGUGAUUCGUAUUUUGACGUUAGCUAAAUCACACCUUAUUUCGUUAUUCGGUAUUGUGCUGGUUUAUAUAUAUAUCAAUGCAUACGAUCAUCGUAUAAAAAAAAGUAUUAUCAACUACAACUAAAGCGCAUCCAUUGUGUCUCGUGCAACAAUAGUGACCAAAAACAACAUUUAACCAGUGUAGAAUUUCAUUUAAUUGAGUAUCAUUGCGAUUGUUCGCGUGAGAAGAGCAGUUGGCCUGUGCAGCAACAGAAAACCAGCAAAAUUAUCAUCUAUAACUAUUGAUUCAAAAAAUCAAACAAUUUUUACUCCAGAAGCAGAACAUCCAUUACCCAUGAUCUCAGUUCAGUCAGGUUAUGCAGGAAUGGAGCGUUUCGGCGUUGAUGUUGGUUUAGGAUCGCCACCAAAUCAUCGUCGACGAAUGCGUUCUGAUUCUGUGCAAAGUGAUCUUUUGAUUGGUGCCAAUACAUCAAUAUUGAGCAGUAAGCAGGAGAAUCGCAACAGUUUAUUGACCGAAAAGCAUCAUCAUCAUCAUAUACAUCAUCAUCGGCAUCACUGUCAUCGAUGUAGUGAUGAGAUCAUUCGUUGUCCACACCAUGUCGCUUUGCCAGACGGUGAAUGGAGCCAUUCUUAUAGUAAUUUACAAUCGCAUGCGGAAAUAACCCGUUCGUACAUUCGUGCGCCGCCGAAUAAAACGGCAUUAGAAAUCAAUUUGCCGGUACAAAAGUUGAAUAUGUCAGUGAUGAAAUUGAAUAGUCCGGCCCAGGAAUUGAAUAUACCGAUAACAAUGUCAUCCGGCGGCAAUUCAGUAGCCUCAUCUAUUAAUAAAUCCAGACAAAAUCCGUUAGCGAAAUUAUUCACCCGUAUCAGUAGCGUACCAACGGGGACACAGUCAAAAGGUUCAUCACAAUUCCACAGCAGUACAGAUAGUCAGUCGACAUCACCAUCACCCUCAUCGUUAUCGUCGUCAUCGUCAUUAGUUUGCGUAGCAUCAUCACCUUCAUCUACGUCAUUAUCACUGCUGCAUACCGAAGAUACACGAUAAUUAUUCAGCAAUCGAACUAUAAGAUAACAACAACAAAUGCAAAAUAGCCACAAAAUAAUUUCAAACACCACAAACAACAUUAGCAACUGAAUUAGCAACAAAAACAAAUAAACAACAACAAACAAAAACAACCAAAUUACAAUAAAACAAACAUCGAUGAGAAGAGUUAGAUGAAUUUAGCAGAAAUGUGAGCACACUAAUUGGCCCAAGAAAAAAAUUAUUAUUUUUGAAGUGUGGCAGUACAUCGUGAUAUAGUAGAGCAAACAGUUUGCUCGAUACUUUGAGUGUAAGCCAUGGCUCUAUGUUCAAAAAAAAAAGAAAAUAUCGGCAUAGUAUCGAUGACAUCGAUCUUUACAGCUGAGAAAUAUUAUUUUUAUCCAGUAUUUAGGCGACCACACUGUGACCAAAAAUAUGCCAAAACAAAAUGGAAGAUUCGUACACACAUUUCGAUGCAAAAGCAGCAAUAUGGUGAGGAAACGGCCCCAUUCAAUGCGGUUUAGAGCGUAUUAAAUAAGAAACAAUGAAAUCAAUGUAGAAACCAUUCUGUAGUUACAACAUCUUUUUUUGUUCUUUAGCCCGUUUCGAUUCUCAAUGUGUGAUGAAUGGAGAAAGAAAGGAUCAUUUGAUUGAUGGCCCAAAUUCAAUUGAAACUUGAAAUCGAAAAUAAUAUUUGCAUUCUUUCAGUCUUAAUUGAAUUGAAAAAAAAAAACAGAAUUUAAAACAGAGAAAAAAAACGACGAUGAAAAACAAAUCAAACCACACGCACACAGCAAUUGAAAGAUAGAAAGAAUGAAGAUAAUUUACAAAUAAUUUAACAAACCGAGUCCAUUCCACUUGGUACACAUCACUUAGUCUUUAACUUUUACGAUAAUGUAAUUUUUUAAAGAUACAGCUGUUUCACAUUUUUCUAAUAAAAAAAAAACAAAACAAACGCUUUUGGUGUGUGUGUAUGUGUGUGUGUGUGUGUGCGAGAGAGUGUGUGUGUGUGCGUGCGUGCGUAUGCUCAGCAAAAGUGCGAUUGAAUUGAUAAGAAUUGGAAAUGUAAAUAUUAUUUGAUAGAUCAAUGAAUAAAAAAACAAUGUUGUCGCUUCUUUUGCUUAGUUCUUAUGAUCUUAAGUUCGAGGCAAAAAAGAAACUAUCGACGCCAAACUGAUUUCCACAAGCUCAAAUGCAGCGGGAAAUUUGAAUCAUAUGCUCGAAAUGAACUUCAUGAACAAUAUCAUUUCAUUGUUUUCUUUUUCUCUGCAACAGUUUCGAAUUUUCCAUCAUUAUGUGCUUUUUAGCAGCACCAACUCUUUGCAGCCUUUUCAAUAAUAAUAAAAAUAAUGAUAAAAAUAAAUUUAAAAUUAGUAGUAAUUAUAAUGAAAUAAAAAAUAAUCCAACACUAAAAUCAAAAUAGAAAUAAUAAUGUCAACAACAACAACAAUAACAACACGAAAGAAAGAAAGAAAAAAAAAUGAGAGAACAGUUCGAUAUUUCACCGAACAUUUUAUCAAAGAAUCACAAAGUUUUGCCAUCGAUUUAUCAAAAAAAUUCCGAUGUGCAGUCAAGUUUUGAAUCGACGAAUCCGAAAUGAAGCGAAAUAAUUGAAAUAUCGAAAUAUUUCGAAGAAUGCAAAACGCUUAAAAUAUCCAGUGACUGGAUCCAGUCAAAACAACUGAAUAUUUUAAAUGACGACAUAUAUGUGUUUGCUUAUGUAAAUAAUGAAAUUCAAUUUGUAAUAAGAUCAAAGAUCUAACUAUGAAUAAUAACUGAAAUAAAAACAAAAAUAAUUUUAUUUUUUUCGCAA